CUCUUGUCUACAUCAGUAUCAUCCACUAGUUUCAAUACUUCAUCUGCUUCGUAACAACCAUAGACCCAUUCUUCAAGAAUAGCUUCUUCAACAAGAAGGCUAAUGUCCGCGCUCCUUCGACAACAUAAAAUCUCAAAAAGAACGAUCCCAAAACUGUAGACAUCCACUUUAGCUAUUCUUGGUAGUUUCUUGUGCCAUUCAGGUGCAACAUAACCCCUUGUUCCUCUUAUCAGGGUGAACGUUUUAGUUUGGUCAUGUUUGAGUAGUUUUGCCAAUCCAAAGUCAGAAAUAUGCGUAAAAGCACAUGAAAGAUUAUAGAAAAAUUACUAUUUCGUGGAUUUAAAGAUGAAGAUAAAGUUCUAUAAAUCCUCAUCCUACAACCAUCGUAGUGUUUGGUUAAUUUGUUUAAUUGGAAAUAUGGACAAAAGUUUGAUUUUCGAUUUAGAUCGAAUUGGUUGAUGACUAUGAUCCAACCUGCUAUGCGAGCCGACUACUCCCAGCAACUUUGCUUUUGAAGUCUACUGAAAGUCUACCGGUAAACGUUCAGCAAUCAUCGAUCGCCUACCUCCAAACACCCACACACACACCUGCACCGAAACACCACCCUAGGAGAGAAGAUGGUCGACGUUGUGAUCGAUUUCCUGUUGGAGAACCUGAAGGAGAUACUGAGUUGUAGCCAUGAUUUUGUUCUUGAAGGGAAAGAUGCAAUCAAGUCUCUUUACGACGAUCUCAAAUCCAUCACCACCUUCCUUAAGGAUCCACAGAUCCUUACAGUUGAUCUGCAAGUUAUGGUGGAACGCUUCCAACAAAUGGCUUACGCCAUGUUAGAUCUGAUGGACUCUUCUGCAAUCAUUGCCAUCAACAAGAAAAAAGAAAACCGACCCAUGCCACACUCAUCCUUGCCCAGAAAGAAGAAACAUGAUGUUCUUCGAGUUUUCAAUCCUUCUGAUUCAAAAUUACUGGUGGAUUUCAAAAAAGAAGUCAGUUCCAUCAAGAAAGCAUUGAUGGACGACAUUGAUAACACCAAGUUGGAUAAUCUUCGAUUAGGUUCAGGAACAACAACACCAUAUGCAUCUGGAUAUCAGAUUGGUGGUACUGGUUCUAGUGUAUAUGAUAAAGAUAUUUUUGUGGGAUUUGAGCAACAAGAGGCUACUGUAAAAGAUCGAUUGGUUGGAGUGCUGAAGAAGCGACAGAUCAUAUCGAUCGUGGGUAUGGGAGGAAUUGGGAAGACGACUUUAGCCAAGAGACUAUACGAUGACUCGUAUAUCACCUAUCAUUUCCAUGUCCGAGGGUGGACUUGUGUAUCUCAGAACUACCAAAAGAAGGAUCUGUUGCUUAGCAUUUUGGAAAGUGUUGUGGAUAAUGAAGACCAACUGCAUGGUGCAUGCGAAAAUAAGCUGGCGGAGAAACUGUAUAAAUGCUUAUACGGAAGGAGAUAUCUGAUCGUUGUCGAUGAUAUUUGGGACGUAAAAGCAUGGGAGGACUUGAUAAGAUGUUUCCCAGAUGACAACAAUGGAAGUCGAAUCAUGAUUACUACUCGGCUAGAGAAGGUGGCUAUGGAGAUCGCUAAACCUGAAGUUCCUCCUCACUUCAUGUCCUUCCUAUCACAAGAUGAGAGCUGGGACUUGUUGCAGAAAAGGGUAUUUAAGAGAAGGGAUGAAUGCCCUCUAGAACUGGUGGAUCUUGGACAACAGAUCGCUGCAAAAUGCCACGGCUUGGCACUGGCGAUUGUGAUCGUUGGUGGGAUUCUUGAGAAGAUAGAAAGGAAGAAAGAACGGUGGACGGAAGUUUCUGAGCGUUUGAGCUCAUAUAUUACUACAGACGAUGCCGAGCAGCAGUUGAUGGCCAUUCUUGGACAAAGUUACGAUCACUUGCCUAGUCAUUUGAAACCAUGUUUUGUGUAUUUUGGAGCAUUUCCAGAAGACUAUGAGAUCGUGGUUUGGAGGUUGAUAUUAUUGUGGAUUGCUGAAGGGUUUGUGGUUGAAACGGGAGAUAGAAGCUUAACGUACGUAGCUGAGGAGUAUUUGAAGGAUCUUGUAGGAAGAAGUCUAGUCGUUGUCUCAAAGAGAAGCUCGAGAAAGGGAGUUAAAUCAUGCCGAAUGCAUGAUAUGUUACGUGCUUUCUGCUUAGAAAAGGCUAAAGAAAUGAAGUUCGAAUUCAGGCAACAGAUCGACUGGUACGGACGUGUUGCUUCCCCAGCAACUCCACCAAUCUUAGAAGGACCACCUCUGUGCUUUCAUUCCCAUGGUUAUCAUGAUGGUGAACCUUGCUUUCCUCAUCUCCGUUCUACGUUAUCAUCUCCAAUAUCGUACAUCUACAAGCUUCUAAGGGUGCUGAAUUUGUGGGCUGUCUAUUUGGACACUUUCCCAGAAGAAAUCUUCAAGCUAUUCCAUUUGAGGUUCUUGGAAAUUCGUGUUCGUCACCUUGAUAGUUUACCAUCAGAAAUAUCGAAUCUUUGGAACCUAGAAGUGCUUAUUAUCAAUAAAGAGAACUGGGGAAGAGUUUGUAUUCCUCGUAGCUUUUGGAGCUUGGUGAAACUAAGGCAUCUGUCUAUUUCAGAAGAAAUAGAAUUUGAACCACCUAGUGCCAGCCAUGGCUAUCCGCCAUUGUUGGAGUCAUUGCAAUGCAUUUCUGCAUUACCAGCUUCUAAGUCUAGAAUGGACAUAAAACCGUUCUUUAAAAGAACCCCGAAUCUUAAAAGAGUGGUCUUCUAUCGAGGUCCACGAGAAACGAAACAAAUCAUCCUUCCUUCUCUAGCUAACCUCAUUCAACUUGAUUCAUUUAAGCUGAUUGACAACAGUUAUGGACAGCCACACCUCAUCAUACCGCGGACUUCUUCAUUCCCACAAAAUCUGAAAAAGAUUGCAUUGUCAGGCGGUCAAGCGGAGUGGAAGGAAAUGUCCAAGCUCGGAAAGUUACCGAAUCUUGAGAUCUUGAAACUAAGGCGGAACAGCUUCUCAGGGCCAUUAUGGGAAACGAACGAUGGGGAGUUCUCUAGACUCAAAUAUCUAAAACUUUCGUUUAUGGAUCUUGAACGUUGGAUUUGCUCCACAUCUAUUCACUUUCCUAACCUUCAGCAACUUCUAAUAGAAAGAUGUCAGGCUUUACUAGAAAUACCAUCUUCACUCGGAGAUGUAGCCACUCUAGAGACAAUCGAGGUGUCUUGGUCAAGCCAUUCUGUAUCAGACUCGGCCUUGAAGAUUCAAAAAGAGCAGCAAAACGAUGGAAACGAUGGGCUCAAAGUCCUUGUCUCCAAUCGAAUUGGGGAGGACGAUGGGACUGGAAUACUGAAAUCCUUCUUAGAGGACGAGAGGUUUUCAAUUUUCACGUCCUCAUGUCCAACUCCUUGA